AUGUCUUUCAACCGAAUUCUCAAGAAAGUUCCCAUUGGAAGCAUCGCCAAAAACGGACAAGAGAUAACACUCUCGGUGGCCACUCAAACUUCCGAUUGGCUCAGGCCUGAGUCGAUCGCGAUCCAGCAAGGCCCGGGCUUCAAGAAAGCCGUCGAGGCCGCUAAACAUCUUGUGCCAUCAGGAACAAAGGAGGUUUGUCAAAGAGAAACUCGGCAUACGAGCGACAAUGAUCCGCGCGACCACUAUACUGGAGUCUGUUUCGAUGAAAACGGCGAUGGAAAGAGCGUGCAUUUCCCCACCAAGGAUUAG